GUCCUCGUCGCCCUGUUCGCCCUCGUGGCCGUGUGUGUUGCGCAGGCCCCCGACUGCCCCAUCGCUAACAGUGAUGAAGAGACUAUUCAGUUCCCCAACCCCAGUGAUUGCGGUUCCUUCUGGAAGUGCGACCAAGAGGGAAAUGCCAUCCUGAACGAGUGCCCUCCCGGCUUGGACUACAACCCCACUCUUCAGGUCUGCGACUACCCUGCUGAUGCUGGCUGCAGAUCUCUUCGUAAGCACUAAUCCCAUCUUGGUUGCAGUCUUCGAUCACUUUUCACCUCCUUUCUCCUUCUAAUGCAAAGAAUUCCAUUCCUGUCAUCCUCCAACAAUUGCAAAAACCUUUAAUUAUGUGAAUAACAAAAUUUUGUUUGUUCCGAUUGCAU